UGCCUCAGCAACCGGUGGGGCUGCUGGUGGGAGCAGCUCUGUCUGCCCGCACCUGUGUGCGUUGGGGGCCGCAGGGACCCAACUGCUGCUUGCCAGUGCGGAGAGCACACAGAGGGAGGAUCAGACACCCGGGCCUCGGGCUGGGGGCUUUCCUGCCAGGAGAAACUUGGCCACUGAGACAGGGUCUGCCUCUGGUCUCUAAGAUGUCUGGCAAACUUCUCCUGAUAUACCUGGCCAUCUACCCGGCCCUCCAAAUCAGCACUGACAGUGCGGAGGAAUACGACUAUGAUUACCUUGGUGUCAACAAGACCUGGGUCUUGACUCCCAGGGCGCAAGAGACUGAUGCCACCCAGAUCUUGAAUACUCUUCUGAGGGACUAUGACAGCAAGCUGAGGCCUGACAUUGGAAUCAAACCUACCAACAUCGAUGUUGAUAUCUACGUGAACAGCAUUGGGCCCGUUUCUGUCAUCCAGAUGGAAUAUACCAUUGACAUCUUCUUUGCCCAGAGCUGGUAUGACCGCCGCCUCCGCUUCAACAGCACCCUGAAAGCCCUAACUCUAAACAGCAACAUGGUAAGCCGCAUCUGGAUCCCUGACACUUUUUUCCGGAACUCUAAGAGGGCUGACUCACACUGGAUCACCACCCCCAACCAGCUGUUACGCAUCUGGAAUGACGGGAAGGUCCUCUACACCCUUAGGCUGACCAUAGAGGCUGAAUGUCUCCUCCAGCUCCAGAACUUCCCAAUGGACACUCACUCCUGCCCUCUCAUCUUCUCUAGCUAUGGUUAUCCAGCCGAAGAGAUUGUUUACCGUUGGAGGCGCUACUCCAUUGAAGUAUCUGACCAGCGCUCCUGGAGGCUCUACCAGUUUGACUUUACAGGACUGCGGAACACAUCCGAAGUCCUUCGGACUGGCGCUGGAGAUUACAUGGUCAUGACUGUUUCUUUUGACCUAAGCCGGCGGAUGGGCUACUUUGCCAUUCAGACCUAUAUCCCUUGCAUAUUGACUGUGGUGCUCUCCUGGGUUUCCUUUUGGAUCAAGAGAGACUCCACCCCAGCUAGGACAUCCUUGGGGAUCACCACUGUGCUUACCAUGACCACCCUAAGCACCAUUUCCCGAAAACACCUCCCCCGUGUCUCCUACGUCACCGCAAUGGACCUCUUUGUCUCUGUGUGCUUCAUCUUUGUCUUUGCCGCCUUGAUAGAGUAUGCCACACUCAACUACUUGGUGGGCAACAGGAGGCUGCUGGCAGGUAGCAGCACCCGAAGAUCCCGGCAGCGUCCUGUCAGCACCAUGGCCAGUGCUGGUGCCAUUGCCAGUGCCAGGGCCAGCCCCAGGGCCAGCCCCAUUGCCACCACCAGUCUUGGUGCCACUCUUGGUACCAGUCUCAGUGCCAGCCCUGGCCCCAGUCUUUGUGUCAGUGCUGGUGCCAGUCUUGGGGCCAGUGCCACUUUUGGUGCUGGUCCUGGCACCGCUUUCGGUGCUGGUCCUGGCGCCGCUUUCGGUGCUGGUCCUGGCGCCGCUUUUGGUGCUGGUCCUGGAGCCUCCUUUGGUGCUGGUCCUGGAGCCGCUUUUGGUGCUGGUCCUGGUGCUGCUUUCGGUGCUGGUCCUGGAGCCUCCUUUGGUGCUGGUCCUGGAGCCGCCUUUGGUGCUGGCACUGGUGCUAGUGUCAGUGGCAUGCCCGCCUUCACUGCCAUCACCAUCACUAGCAGCAUGCCCUGGGUCCCCGAUAGAGUGGAGGAAGAAGACGAUGAUGAUGACGAUGAAGAGGAAGAGCAGGAGGAGACCACUUGCUGCCCGGGGAAGGAGUGCCAGCAGUUCUUCUGCUGCAUUGAAGAUUGCCAGAGAGGCACCUGGAGAGAAGGCCGUGUCCGCAUCCACAUCUCCCGCCUGGAUACCUACUCUCGCGUCUUCUUUCCCACUGCGUUCCUGCUGUUCAACAUUGUGUAUUGGAUCGCCUAUCUGUACCUCUGAAUGCCCUGUUUCCGUUGGGAGAGGCCACCGAUGAGGAUCUGGAGGGGCCCCCCGAUCAUGGCUAAGGGGAAAAAGAAGCAGCUGGAAAUGUUGUCGGGUAACUUUUUUGCUGUUCCCCUUCCCAGAUCUUGCUUUUGCUUGAUCUUAACUGCCUCCUUGUCCCCUGGGGUGACCCAGACACCUGCAAAGAAGGCUCCUUGCCCCCCGUGUGCCCUCUUCCCUCUAGCUUGUUGUAUCUUGAUCUUGGUUGAUAGAACCUUGGACAAGUCCCAAGCAUCUCAUCUGAUUUGGAAUGAGGACCUGGAUUUGAAUUUUAGCUCUCCCAUUCAGUACCUCUGUGACCUUGGGCAAGUUAUUUCACCUCUCUGCCUCAGUUUCCUCUUCUGUUAAAUUAGGGAAUGGGAUUAGAUAACCUUUGAUCUUUGAAUCUGUCAAAUGAGUGCCUUGGUCUAGGCCACUGGACCGUAGAUUUGGAGAUAGAAGAAACCUCAGAGGCCAUCCAGUCCAAUUCCCUCAUCCUACAGAGGAGAAAAUGAAGGGCCAAAGAGGAGAAUGGGCUGCCCAAAGGUACGCAAGUAGCAAGCUGCAGAGACUCGGACCUUGGUGCUCCAACUUCAAAUUCAUCACUGUCCCUGCUGCCCCCGCCCAACAUCCUUGAGAGAGCCUCAGAGUCCCUUCCUGCUCAGACAGUCUGGAGGUUGUAGGUGACCAGAAGCAGAAAGAAGCCCAGAGAAGGGCCUCCAGAGAAUUCAGAAGCGAGGAAGCCAGGAGAAGCUGCAUUCACAGCUGCUUUGAGGUGAUCACAUUGUUUACUUCUAUGGCCAAAAGGCAAGAAGGUAUGGGGUCAUUGACACGUUACUGAGGCAAGCCAUGGGGCACUUUGCUCUUAGCACUGCCUGGGUCCCACUGAAAGUUAAGCUGAAGGGUUCCACACUCACCUAUGACUUUCCAAAAUAACCAUUUGUUCCCUGAGUUAUGUUUAUAAAACAAACCAUAUACUGUAGUCUUGAGGAUUUGAGGUUCUCAGAGCCCAGUUACCCACAAUUCUCCCCAGAAUUAGAGAGUAGGGCCCUCCUAUCCUGCCAAAAUUGGUUCUGCUAGGUCCACAGCAGCUGGCUCAGCCAUUAAGGCACAUACCUCCCCCAAAAGGACCUUCAUUCCCGGCUCAGUCUGAAAGGUCCAAGUAGGCCUAACCCUAUAGCCUAUUAAGUAGCUGGUUUUCCUGGUCCCAUACAGAGGGCCAUCUGACCAAGUUGAGGGGAGGCUACCUGCCACACGGCUAAGAGUAAAAUUAGAGACCUCAGACAUCAUCUUGCCCAACUCCAAAAUUUUCCAGAUAAGGGAACUAAAGCUCAGAGAGGUCCUGUGAUUUGCCCAAUGCCACGCAGCUGGUUAGUGGCAGAUCUGAGUUGGUUCAUGUACUGUCAAUGCUGUGGCUAUUCCUGCUACCAAUCCUCCCCUCCCCUGUCCUGCCUACCAUCCCAAGUUCCUGAGGCAGGAAGGCCUCUGCAAAUGUGAGCCUCCCCAGAAUCCCUUGCAGAGGAAUAGGGUCAAUAUCUGGCCCUUAUUGGACAGCUCCCAUACCCUGUAUUCUCAGUAUUCUCUCUGCCCCACCCACUAGCCCAGGUCAGCAGCUAAUAGUUUGGUCGCUAUAAGCUAUGACUGAAAUUUCCUCAAUUUUUCCUUCUCAUUCAACUUCUGGGUAGCUUCUUAUCCCCUCCCUCUCCAGGGACGGGGGUACAAAAGCUUUCUCAGGUCCUGGAUAUGAUAUAGCUGUAUAGUUUCAGGUCACUUGGACCAUUUUGGUUGCAUCCCUUAAACAGCCCACUUUGUAGUGCCAAUCCUUGGCCCAUAGCCAAGCACAGCACAUAAUCUGGCCUCCAGCACCACAUACCACUCAGCUUUCUCUUCAGGGGCAGAAUAACAUGGACACCUCAGAUCCUUUCCAUCCAUGGAGGUCAUCCUAUUUUCCUAGAUGCCUCCACCCAUAUGAUCUCCUUUGAGCUUCUCUCUCUCUCUGAGAGAGGCAGGGUAAGGGUCAUUCUCCCAUUUGCUAGACAAAGAGACUGAGGCCAGAUAAAAGGAAGCCACAUAGUUGAGCCAAUGGCUCCUGAAGCCAAUAGCAUUGUGGGGCAUGCAAGCAUCUGCCAUCAUUUGCAAUGCCUUAGGAUGGUGUGGAUACCACGGGGGCCUGCUGUCACCUUCUGAGAUAGGCAACAGGGCCAGGCAUCUGGAGAGUUCAUGAGUCCAGUCAGCAGCUACUUCAGCCCCUGGACUGGGGCAGCUGCCCCAAACCACCAAUGUGUCUACUCUGGCACAACGAGAUUCCCACUGCAGCAUUAGCCAGGACACAGCCCAAGUCCAACCCUUGCAUAAUGCCUCUGCCAAGUCAGGGACACUGUGAUUGACAAGCAGGACCUCAUCAAGUUUUACGAGGGUCCAAAUUAAAGCUAUGUGUCCAGCCUCCUCUGGCUCUGGGUCCCCCCAGCAGUGACCUUGGAUGUUCCCUAUUGCUUAUAAGCUGUAAAAGAAACGUAUUGGUGUAUUUAUGUUGUUGUAAUGGGGUAGGGGGUGGGGGGUGGGCAAAGAGACCAGUCUGCUUUCUUGCAACUAAAUGUCAGGGC